CACAAAGUUUUGCUGGAUAAAAGUGUUUAAUUUAGUGUCAUGUAACCUUUGUUGCUAGAAUAAACAAAUAUGGCGGACGGUGUCAAACUUUAGGAAAAUUCAAUCUAUACCAGACAUUUGUUAUAUAUUUGGACAUUGUGUUUUGUUCUGAUUGACAAAAUGGGAGCAAAGAAGAAGGGCAAGGGCAAGAAAGGCAAGAAGGGAGGAAAGAAGGGGAAGAAGGGAAAGAAGUCGAAGGAGCCUCAGAUGACAGCACAGGAAGCCAUUCUGGCCUAUCAGAUCAAUGUGAUUGAGAAGAAGCUGGAAGAUGUGAUGUACGAAACCCGUGGCUGGGACGAGAAAAACAAGAGGCAUCUAGACAGGAAUGACAAGCUGAAGGAGGAGCAGGAAGUGCUGAUACGUCACCUGCUCAAGCAGGCCAAGGACGCUGACCGGCUGUUUGCUGGAGAGGAGAUCAAGAGCAAGGACGACGUAAUAGUCGUCAUGCAGGAGAAGUGGGCAAGGCAGCGCGCUAGGGAGCAACAGAUUGAGGAUCUGAGGAAGAAGAUUGCCCAGACGGAGGCUGAAAUAGCGGCGAUACAGAAAGAUGUGGACUACUGGACACGCUACAAGGACGACGGUCAGUAUGUACACGCCACCCAAAUACGCGCCCUUGAACAGGAGGUAGACGACAUGACAACCAGCUUCAACGAGAUGAAAGAGCCGCGGCUAAUUGCCCAUUAUCAUAGCCACCUGGACUCCAGUCUGGAGAAGACCAAGGCAGAGAUUGACAAGUUCACCAUCGAAAAGGAGGAGCUUCAUAAACACCAGGCUACACAGAAAGCUAUGAAUCAGAUGGACAAGUACAGCAGACAGGAAGUGUUGGACAAUGAUUGGCUGAAACGAGAGGUUGAGAUCCACAGGCGAGAGACCGAUGACCUUCGUAAAGAGGUCGAGGAAAUAGAGCGAGGCAAUCUGGAGAUCAUGGCUGACCUGUUCGAAUGCAAGAUUGAGGACCUCAAAAUAUCCAGGAACUUCUUCCUGACCCAGUUUGCGGAGGGAGAGAACCUUGACACGGACGGUAUCCUGGAGAUGGACUUGGCCCAGCUCUCUAUAGAUCAGCCAGCCAGGGACCAGCCUCUUGCCAUCAUGCCAGCACGCCCGCAGAGUGCCACCCACCGUGCAGUGCAGGACAAGGUGUUCUCCCUCAUACAGGCCUCCAUACAGAGUGAUGAGGAGGAUGACAGCGACACAUCUGUAAGCCACGGUGACGCUGACAGUGACGACACUGAGCUCCUUGACAACAUGUUUUAUGAAGAGGAAGACUGGGGGGACUACCUGCAGCUGGGUCCCCUGGAACUGAAGCUGUUGAAUGUGACGGGCACCCAGAUGACGAUCCACUCGCCCCCGACCUUGGACGAGGAGGAACUCAAGGUCAAGGACUGUAACCCUGAAGACUGGCCUGUCACCCAGCCCAUGCUCAAAGACUUGGUCACACCCAGGGGCCUUGCAACUUGAUGGUGGAGUGGUUGUUAGUUAACCCUGUACAGCUCAGAUACCUAUUGACUCUUUUGUAGUGCCUUAGAAAAUCAAGUUAAAUUAAAAACCUUUCUUAACAGAUUCAAUUUUUAAAGGUUUCAUUUCCAACCCUAAGGUACUGAGCAGCAAACAGCAUGAAACCUGAACAGACUGCGAGUGACUUGCAGGCUGUUCUGUUUUUUUGCUGGUUGCAUAUUGCCAUUUUCACUUUGCUUCUGAGUGGGAAAGGGUUAAGAUGUGAACUUACGGUCUUCAAAUGCAUCACAAACUUGACAAAUGCCAGAGGUCUUUUACAUUAAGAAUUAUAAAUUAAACUUUCUGAACAGUAACUUUCAUGCUGUUCAGUAAGAUGUGAACUGCUUGCUUUCAGGAUAUCUCUACCUGACACGUUUGACUUGUCUUACUGGAUCAACUGAGUCUGUAUUGUAGUUUUGUUUGUACUUUUAACAUGUUUACAUAAUCAACUAUUUAAUAUUUUUGUUUAAAGAUCUAUAUGAAAAACUGUAAACCAAAUAUAAGACAUAAUUUCAAUUUUCACUAUUUAAAUCUAAUAAGUCAAUAUGUAUAAUCAUAUGAAGAAAUAAAUCUGGAAAGCAUGUGUCGCGUUCUGAGAAAACUGGGCAUAAUGCAUGUGCGUAAAGUGUUGUCCCAGAUUAGCCUGUGCAGUACACACAGGCUAAUCAGGGACGACACUUUCCGCUUUUAUGGUAUUUUUCGUUCAAAGGAAGUCCCUUCUUACCAAAAAUCUUGUUAAGGCGGAAAGUGUCGUCCCUGAUAAGCCUGUGCGGACUGCACAGGCUAAUCUGGGACAACACUUUGCGCACAUGCAUUAUGCCCAGUUUUCUCAAAAGGCGACACAUAUGAUCACCAGAUUAUCCAGAAUACUGUAAUGCAUUUGAUGUGAUAAGACUGUUCUGUAGUGUGUGUACAUUAUUUAGGACAUAACUUGUGUUGCAUCUUGGUUGUUGACUAAUAACACAUUUUCACGUGACAUGGUGAGCAUUUAUAUUGUGAUUUAUUAUUAACAAUUAAACUAUCUUGUUUUGGA